UUCGAAACGCAGAAUUGAACGUCGAUUCUUCUCGAUAUAUCGAUCGAUAUAUUCAUCAGCACUCGUUCAUUACUUCACAUCCUCCACAGAGGUCCUUCACACUGUUGUGGUUGCAUGGGUUGUUGGUUGUUGCGUUUUGUAAAAACGGUUUUUCAAGUAACAAAGUGGAGAAAUACGGUUAUCGAAGAACAUUCUUGAAGAAUUUUCGUGACGGACAAAGGUUUUCAAUACGAUAACCGCAAUGUCGAUCGGAGUUCCCAUUAAAGUGCUUCACGAAGCCGAGGGCCAUAUUAUAACCUGCGAAACGAACACCGGCGAGGUGUAUCGCGGUAAACUGAUAGAGGCGGAGGAUAAUAUGAAUUGUCAGAUGCAGGGUAUCACAGUGACGUACCGGGACGGCCAGGUCGGGCAGCUGGAGAACGUGUAUAUCCGCGGCUCGAAAAUCAGGUUUCUCAUAUUACCAGAUAUGCUGAAGAAUGCACCCAUGUUCAAACGACCCGGCGGCAAGGGAUCGGGCACAGCCGGCAGAGGAAAAUCCGCUAUAUUGCGAGCCCAAGCUCGUGGCAGAGGAAGAGGGCAAAAUCAAAGAGGCAAGGGUACUGGUUCGGCACCUUGGCUGAAUCAACAGGGUCAACCGGGUGGAUCUCAACCUGGAAGAGGCAGGGGAUAAAUUAUAAGAUGUGAUAGUAAACAAUAUUUUCUGAUUAUUUAAGUACAGGUGUAAUUUCAUUCCCGUAUUUUUGUAUCAUUUCGAAGCAAUAUAUUUUUGCGUACACUCAAAA